UCAACAUAUCAACCAAUAAUCUCUCUCUCUCUCUCUCUCUCUCGUGUUGGGGUAUGCCUUUUUCCUGUUGCCGGUUGAUAACUUGAUACCCCUCUCUCUCUCUCUCUCUCUAGUUGCUACUCUCAACAACUGCUCUGAGGCAAGAGAUACAUAUGGGUUGGUUUCCCUGCUCCGGACAAUUAAACCAGUCAUCAAAGAAGAAGAGGAAGAAGAAACAAUCACUCGAUCCGAUCGAACCCACUUCAGAGAAAUUGAAGACAAACCCUCCAUUGAAGAUAAAGGAUGCCUCAAAAGAUGGAGGUUCCAACAGUAUUGCUGCCCAGACUUUUACAUUUCGUGAACUGGCAGCUGCAACGAAAAAUUUCAGGGGUGAUUGUCUUCUUGGAGAGGGAGGUUUUGGUAGAGUGUAUAAAGGGAAACUGGAAAGUUCUAAUCAGAUUGUAGCCAUCAAGCAACUGGAUCGUAAUGGAUUACAGGGGAAUCGGGAAUUUCUUGUUGAGGUGUUGAUGCUAAGUUUACUUCACCACCCCAACCUUGUUAAUUUAAUUGGAUAUUGUGCUGAUGGAGAUCAGAGACUUCUGGUUUAUGAGUAUAUGCCACUUGGAUCUUUGGAGGACCAUCUUCAUGACCUUCCACCUGGUAAAAAGCGACUUGACUGGAAUACAAGAAUGAAAAUAGCUGCUGGGGCAGCCAAAGGAUUGGAGCAUUUACAUGACAAAGCUAGCCCCCCCGUAAUAUACCGUGAUUUAAAGUGCUCCAACAUUUUGCUCGGUGAUGGGUAUCAUCCCAAGCUAUCAGAUUUUGGCUUGGCCAAACUUGGGCCAGUUGGGGAUAAUACCCAUGUAUCUACAAGGGUUAUGGGUACCUAUGGGUAUUGUGCCCCAGAGUAUGCAAUGACUGGCCAGCUGACUCUAAAAUCAGAUGUUUAUAGCUUUGGGGUUGUUCUUUUGGAGAUAAUUACUGGCAGGAGAGCCGUUGAAAAUUCAAAAACUGCAGGAGAGCACAAUCUGGUUGCAUGGGCAAGACCUUUGUUCAAAGAUCGAGGGAAGUUCCCACAGAUGGCUGAUCCAGUGCUCCAAGGUCAGUAUCCUGUUAGGGGCUUGUACCAAGCUCUUGCUGUUGCUGCAAUGUGUGUUCAGGAGCAGCCUAAUAUGCGCCCAGUCAUAGCUGAUGUUGUCACUGCUCUAAGUUACCUUGCUUCACAAAAGUAUGACCCUGAAACCGAGCCAGUCCAGAGUUCUCGCUGGCUUCCUUCUACUCCUCCCAGAACAAGAAGAGACAGUGAUAAAAGACUCAAUGGUGGUAGUGGAUCUGAGAAAAGUCGAAACAGAAGAUAAAAUUGUGCUUACUCUGUUCUUAGGGAUGACACGAAUUCCUUCUAAUAUUGAGUAGACUGCUUUUAAGCUCAUCAGUCAUAGCUUGUGUUUCUAAAGUACUUAUAAAACUGUUGUCAGUAAUUGAAAAGCUCAGGGCUUGAUGGUAAAGGCAUUUCGGUUUGCAAAUGGUUGGCGCCAAUCAAAUUUUAGUCACCCCAUAUUAGAGCUGCACCUCCCUGAACUGCAUAAUGUUCAUUGUUGCGGGUAACCUUAGGUCUUCCUUUUCGUGUUUGUUGUUGGAGGAGAGAGUGUUUUCUCGUUUUGGUUCAUACAUGGGCCCAGGUGGUUGUAUUUAUAGGCCUCAUCUCUAGGCAUUUGGGUAUGCUUCGUAUUUUUUAAUCCUAUGCCCUUUCUUAUGCUGGUUUUUGUUGUAUAGUUAUUGUGUAUUCAGUUAAGCAAGUUCUGUAAUAACAGUUCAAACCUUAACAAUAUUGCAUAAUGGGUUUGAAAAAUGCAUAUGGAGAUCACAGUGAGAGUUAUGAAGAAGGUAAUAUGCAUUACUCUUCUUUUACUUAUCCGCUUUUGAAGCC